AUGGAGUGUCGUUGGAUUUUGCCUGAUCAGGCUGGCGAUUUGGGGGGGAGGGUCUCAAAGACGCAGAUUGGCGCCGCUGAAGCAAUUAACUUUCUGUACUGUAACCGCGCCGGCAAGCCAAUAGAGUCGGGCCUGGAUUGGAGAAAAAGAAACAAGAGAGCGACAAAAAGCAAUUGCUCCAAUGAAAUUGGCGUUCUCGAGCUGCCUUGGUUCCAAAUAUUCAAUGCUGCUCGAUGCUACGGAGUCAACUUGAGGGAUGCUGUCUGCUGCUCUCCUUCGGUAAAGCUCAGAGUGCCAGAUAGGACACGGAGCAACGGCAUCACAAAGGCACACACCACCGAAAGACCUCCCUCAGGCGGGCGCUUUUUCAACGACGCUUGCUCCAUAUUAACGACGUUGGUAUUAUUAAUCGGGGUCGGAUACGGAGUGCAAGAUGCGCUAUUGGAUCAGAACCUGAGCGGAGAAUAUCGACCCGUAUCCCGCCCUGGUCUGCGUGAAAUGCCGAGCGCUGCCCCGUUGAGCAAGAUCGGAAAGGCGCGCGAUUUCAACAUCCCUCCCACGCCGACUGGACUUCCGAGGGCGCCGGAUAGCGCAGGGACACAGCUGGGCUGUCGCAGUCGACGUUGCGAUCGGUGGGAUGGCAGGCAGCCAGGAGCCGACACGCCUGGACGCGCCAAGCAUGCGACCCCCAACGCCGGUUUGCCAGGCGUUUCAGCGGCAUUACCUAAGCAGCCGUAG